AUGCCGCGCAUGGCUGGGCGGCUUGACGGUAUAAGUACCGUCAUGAACAGGUGUGAGCACGGAGCAGCAGGUUUUGGUCUUGGAAGGGACCCAAACUACAAGGCGGUACUCUAUUCAGGAGACGUUCCUCCUGAGGACAUUGUCGACUUUCAAGAGUGCCGAGUCGAGGUCUUUACUCCACCAUAUCUCUUGUCUGGACUACCCAGGCCUACCUUCAAGCUGGCGAAUACAGAUCGGGCUUAUGGACAGUUCUUUGCCUUCGCUCUCAUCUCUGACUCGACAGCAAAUCUCAAGGUCUCACUUCUCGGUGCACUUACCAGUACUCAUGGAAAUAGUAUGGCCCAGCGAACAAUCUUCCCUAACGUCCCUACGCCGUCAAUUAAUGUCUUCGUGCGAAUUAGUAGUGAUCCGGCUUGUCUUAGCAACCAGUCCCAAGGACUAAGAUUUGGCCUUCCUGGAGUUUGA